CAUACAUAAUAAUGGGAUACAGCACGAGCUCCUCCUCUUCGCCGCCCUCCUCUCCUCCGGCCAUUCUCACCCCCUGCGCCGCCUGCAAGAUCCUCCGCCGCCGCUGCGUCGACAAAUGCGUCUUGGCCCCUUACUUCCCACCCACCGACCCCCUCAAAUUCACCAUUGCUCACCGCGUCUUUGGCGCUAGUAACAUUAUCAAGUUCUUGCAGGAGCUGCCUGAGGAUCAAAGAGCAGAUGCUGUGAGCAGCAUGGUUUAUGAGGCAAAUGCUCGGCUGAGGGAUCCGGUGUACGGGUGCGCGGGUGCAAUUUGCCAGCUGCAAAAGCAGAUCAGUGAGCUUCAAGCCGAAGUAGCCAAAGCUCAAGCUGAAAUCGUCAACAUGCAAUGCCAGAAUUCCAACUUGUUCGACCUCAUUUGCAAGCAAAUGUCGCCUGAGGAAAAUAUGCUUCCGUUCUAUGAUAGUCCGGUUUUCAUUUUUGAUGACAGUGUUUCGGGGAUGGCUUCGGAUCCUCUCUUGACGUGAUACUUCAUCGAUCAAUUUAGUUAAGGAUAAUUUUAAUUUUAACA